AUGGGGAAAACGUGAACCAGGAGACAUUUUGGUUUUGUGGAGGUAAACGCAUCGGUGUAAACACAGCUCGGUCCCCGGGAUGGAGACGCUCUGACGGGAGAGGAUCUGUGAGGACGGACCGAACAAUGGCUCCAGACGCUGCUGCCGCACCGGACGCUGUGAACAAAAUGGAUUCCUGAUGUUCACGUGUUGAUGUCGGGUGUGUUUUCUUCCUGGAGGCGCGAGGACCGUGUGUUGUUGUAGGAACCGCCUCCACAUGUCAGGGUGAAGCAUGGACGGCUGGAGCCCUAUCGUAGCAGCCGCCUCGGACAAUGACCCGUCCAGCUCCGAGGGGGAGUACAUGGUGGAGACCGGACCGGAGCCCCGGGAGGCGCCGGCCCGGGAGCAGCGGGGCCCCGCGGACAGGAUGGAGGACGGGGGCUCCGCGGCGGUCGGCUUCGGGAUGAGCAGCAUCGGGGAGGGCAAAGUGGUUCUGGGUCGAGUCGGACCGAGGGACGACAAAGAACUCCGGUACCUGCACCUGCUGUGGGAGCCGGGACGAGCUGAGCUCAGUGUCCCCGCUGGAGGGGCCACCAAGCUGGGGAAGGUGACUGGGAGUCGGGCCAGGAGACAACACCGAGCCGUGCGGAGCCUGGGGCCCAUCGGGAAAGAUGUGUAUGCUGUGAAAAGACUGAGGGAAGCAGCCAACAGCAAUGAUAUUGACACAGUUCGAAAACUCCUGCAGGACGACAUAGACCCGUGUGUAGCCGACGACAAGGGAAGGACAGCGCUUCAUUUCUCUUCCUGCAAUGGCAACGAGAACAUCGUACAAUUGUUGCUGAGCCACGGCGCUGACCCUAACCAGCGAGACAGUCUCGGAAAUACCCCCCUCCAUCUGGCGGCCUGUACAAACCAUGUGCCUGUUAUCACCACAUUGCUGAGAGGAGGCGCCCGUGUGGACGCCCUCGACCGAGCAGGCAGGACCCCGCUGCAUCUCGCUCGCUCCAAACUCAACAUUCUGCAGGAGGGAGAUUCUCGCAGCUUAGAAACCCUGAGAGGGGAAGUCACACAGAUUAUUCAAAUGCUGAGGGAAUACCUGAACCUAAUGGGCCAGAGUGAAGCUAAAGAGAGGCUGGAACACAUCUCCACACAGCUGCAGCACACACGCACCAAAGAGCAGGUGGAUGAGGUGACGGAUUUAUUGGCCAGUUUUACAUCGCUCAGUCUACAGAAACAGAAUUUGGGGGAUAGGUAGAAGACCAUGUUUAUAGAGAGCUGAGGUCCUGCUCUGCUCCACCAUCCUUCGUCAGACAAGUUAACCUGCAGUAACUUUUUAACAUUUUAUUUAUUAGCGUAUUAAUAUGACAGCAAGGCUAACAGAAGUAGUGUUAGCCUGGUUAAAUUCAAAAGACGCUCAGAUCUCAACAGCAACCACAGUAAUGGAGUUGACAUACUUUCAGCAUAUGGACGUAACACACAUUCGCUUUUCAGAGGAAAGAUGAAAGAAGGCCCUCAAGGCAAAAAUACACUCAAACAGGAAGCUUGUGGAGACAGAAGCUAACCCAGUGCAGUGGGACCUCAGCUCUCUAUUGUGUGUGUGUGUUCUCUGACAUGUUGCCUGCCAUUAUUAGACACAGCUCUGUGAUCACUAUGAGAUGUGUGUAGUUCUUAUGAAAUGAGUUAACAGUUUCCCCUGUUGUGACUUAUCUGGGUUUGUGUUCAGCACCAUGUUUCAAUCACGAUGCCUUUUUUCUCUUGUGUUGCAUGUUGAUACGUUUGUAUGUGAACUGUGGUGUAAACAUAUUGUUUGGCUGUUGUUGGAAAUUUAUAUUUGUGAAUCAAUAAAUGAGUGUUUGUCUAUA